AUGUCCGUCCACGAAACUCCUCGUUCUCUUAAGAGGGAUCACGAUGCCUUUACCGACCGCCCCGAUGUUCAGCAAAUACUCCCAAAUCCUACCAACUUCCUUGAGCAGUUGAAAAAGGAAGAAGACAAAUCAGAUGCAAACAAAAUAUCAGCGUCCUCAGAGAUAAUUCAGCCAUCACAACCUCAAAGAGAACCCAGUCCCGCAAGAAGCACAACCGAAUCGCUUCUCAGCGAUGUCGGUCCCUUCACCCCCUCAGAUGUUGCAAACUCUCCGAUGAUAUCAGCUGUUGCCACUACAACCUCGAAUACAGCCUCGCCGUCUGCUUUCGCGGCAUUGAAUGGCAACCCUCCUCCGCCUUCGAAGAAAGUGAAAAUGACAUUUGCGGAGAAAGAGGAGAAGCGGAUUUUGAAGGAGAUUAAGGAGGCGGAGAGGGCGGCUGAUAAGGCGAAGAAGGAGGCAGAGAAGAUGGCGGACAAGGUGCAGAAGGAGGCAGAGAAGGCGGCGGAGAAGGCACAGAAGGAGGCAGAGAAAGAGGCGGAUAGGAGGAAGAAAGAAGUCGAACGAGAAGAGAAGAGAGCGGCACAAGAAGCAGAGAAGGCUGCUAAGGAAGAAAAACGGAGGAAAAAAGAAGAGGAGAAACAAAAAGUAGAAGAAGAAAAGAAAAAGAAGGAACGGUCACAGAAGAAACUGAAUAGCUUCUUUAGCAUCCCAUCAACGGCUGCUAAGGGAAGACGUGGAAGUGUGGAUAGCAAGGAACGUGGAUCUGCAAGCCCAGCACCUGAGAAUUCGAAUUUGGGUCUACCAACUGCAGUGGCUACAACAACAGCCGCCGUCACGCCAAAAAAACCAGAGCGGUCAUGUUACGAAAAGACGUUUCCUGACUUCUUCGUUCACAACGAUGUAAAACUUGCAAAAUGCAGUAAAUUUGAGCGGGACGGAGAUGCUAUUGAGGCAUUAGAAAAGACCUUGGACGGUUACUUAGAUGGAAGUAGAAGUCCAGAUCGAACGAAGCCCCGGCCAUUUGACGCAAAUGAUUUAUUUCAUCUUUCCGGUCAAGAUGUUCAGCGUGGAAAGCAUUGUAUGCCAGUACGAGAUAUUAUGGCGGAGUUUUUUGGAAUUGCGUCAAAGCCGAUUGAUUUGACAACGGAUUCACAGAACUCACAAAUCAAGAGGAGAGGAGACUUGCUACGAAGAGUACCAUUGAAAUUGUUGUCGUUUGCUGAAGAUGUCAGACCACCAUAUCGAGGAACAUACACCAGUCGGCCUGUCAAUGGGAUGACGAAACUUGCUCGAAAUCCGCUGAGGAGAGAUUUGCCUGAUACAAAUUAUGAUUACGAUAGUGAAGCUGAAUGGGUUGAGGAUGAUGAUGCAGAGGACUGUAAUAGCGAUCGUGAUGAAGAGGAGGGUGAUGAGGAUGCUGAAGAUAUGGAUGGAUUUCUGGAUGACGAGAAUGAUGAUCUCGCAAACGCAAAACGAGCUAUCAUACCUGGUAAUGAUUUAGAACCUGUAUCGACAGGCUUAUGCUGGGAAGACAAGCAUAAGCGGAAUACAAACGUCAAAAUGUUGCCAUAUCGGAUGGAGAUUAUCAUUGAUCCAAAACUCAAAUCCAUCGACCCAUUCUCAACCUUCUACUGGGCGCCUAACCCACCCCUCCAAACCACAACAAUGGACCCCCCUCGCAUCCCCCUCACAACCAUCAAACCCAACGCCUCCACCCUCCCAUGUCCACCCAAACCCUUCUUCGCUCCCGCUUCCUCAACCCCAUCAUCUUCACUUCCUCAAACUAGCAAACUCCCUCCCGGCCGCCCCAAACUCCCAAAGCUCCUCCCCGCAGACGACAUCCCGAAAUUCCGCCAAGCGGUUCAGGGCAGUAACCUAAGUAAAGUGGGCUUGAUCGAGGUCCUCAAGAAACAGUUCCCGGGACGCCAGGCCGCGGCUAUCAAGGGCACGUUGGAGGUUGUGGCAAGACGCGUGGGGGUUAAGGAGAAGGAUAAACGGUGGGUUGUUGUUGGUGAUGUGGAGUAG